UCGACAGAUUGAUACUUUUUUUCUGUGACUGUCUAUGCAUUUCGUACCAAUUUCUUUCCCUUGGCUAUUCGUGCUAUAGCUUUUGACCUUUCUGGACGGUUAGGCGAUCCAAAGUUAAACCUUCUGCGCCCGCUGAUCAUCAGCCUCCCCUCUUCACUUUGUCGAAAGUUCCCACUUUGUUGUGUUGGCGCUGAAAUCGCCACGAUUACUACCCAUCAUUCUUUUUGCCCGUUGCGCCGACAGUCUAGCCCAGCACCACAACCCAUAAGGUCUCGGUCGUAACUCUACCACAAAGUCAAUCCCCCUCACUUGCGACAGAUAGAGCUGAGCGAGUCGUAUAUCAUUGGCUGAUCUCGUCCCCUGAGGCUCGCCGCAAACCUGGACGGGACAAAAGUGUAGUCAGUCUGCUUACCUACAUACGUUGUUAAGGACUUGAACUUCAUGAUAAGAAGGAAACACAUUGCAGGGGCAUUGUAGCUCCUUGGAUUCGGCAGGCCUUUCUCUCGAAAACACUCGACUCUCAGUCCUUGCUUUCCAGAGGUGCACCUGGCAAACAAACACUACCUACCUCUCUCAGCUGCCAUUAACAAUGGCCUCGUAUGCGUUACCGACUAGCAUUCCACACUCUCACCAUGCACCAGGCCAUAUGCAUUCGCACUCGGGCUCUCCGCCUUCUUUUGGUCACUUAGGCCAGCGUGCCACACGAAAGAGAUCGAGCCUCUGCGAGCAGCCACUCACAAAUAGCGACGACGACGAUUACCAUGAUUACAACCACACUCACGGCCACAACAACGACCACAAUCACGACCACAAUCACGGCCACAAUCACGACCAUGACCACGGUCACGACCACGGCCACGAUCACAGCGGUCACAGCCAUUCGAACUCUCAUUCGCAUUCCCACGAUCAUGGACACACCCACACAAAUAGCUGUUCGCACUCUCAUUCACACUCGCAAGACAACCAUCAUCACAGCUCCCCGGAGCACACAAACGCCCGAGCAAACUCUUCAAUGUCAAUUUCGACCAACCAGGGCUUUGUGUCAUCUUCUACCCGCGGAGGGAAGCACGUACUCACGCCAUCGCAGGCGAGCUUUGAUAUCAAAUACGAUGCCCCGGCGCAAGGCGUGACGCAUGUCCAUGAUCAUGGGUCUUCAGCUGAGCGAUCGAGAUUCACCAACUUCAUACUGCCAUUUACGGCAAAAUGGCCUUUUUUACAUGCCAUUGUAACGGAAAAGGACUCGAGGAGAAUAUUUUACUUCAUGAGUAUCAACUUCUCCUUCAUGAUGGUACAGGCGUUUUACGGUUACGCGACCGACUCGCUUGGUCUUCUGAGUGACAGCAUACACAUGCUCUUUGAUUGUGUGGCGCUCGCCGUUGGUCUGUUUGCAUCUGUUGCUAGCAAAUGGGCACCCAAUGAGAGGUUUCCUUAUGGGUUCGGCAAGAUUGAGACGUUGAGCGGGUUUGCAAACGGUGUUUUUCUCAUUUUGAUCAGCGUUGAGAUUAUAUUCGAAUCGUUCGAGAGAAUUAUGGAGGGCCGCGCUACUAAGAGACUUGCAGAACUAUUCGUUGUGAGCUCGGCGGGUCUGGCAGUAAACUUGAUAGGCAUGUGGGCAUUUGGCCAUCACCAUCAUCAUGGCGGCGAUGAUCAUGGCCACCACUCCCAUGGACACUCGCAUGAUCAUGCACACGACCACGAUCACGGACAUGGCCAUGGCCACUCACAUUCACAUGAUCAUAGCCAUGGUCAUGGCCAUAGCCACGGGGGCUGUGGAGGCCAUUCGCACGACAAUGAGAACAUGAUGGGCAUCUACCUCCAUGUUAUGGCUGACACACUAGGCAGCGCGGCUGUUAUCGUUUCGACGGCCCUGACAUACUAUUGGCCCUGGUCCGGAUGGGAUCCGCUUGCAUCUUUCUUAAUUGCAGUGCUGAUCCUCGGCUCGGCAAUGCCGCUGGUUAGCUCUUCAGCACGUCGACUGCUCCUCACGGUCCCUGAUCGGGUCGAGUACGGUCUGCGAGAUACACUGUCCGGUAUAACAGGUCUGCGUGGGGUUGCCAACUACGCGGUUCCAAAAUUCUGGAUGGAUGACCGCAGCGGCGGCGAUAAUCAUGCAGCUCCCGGGGACCAUCUGUUGGGCGUCAUGCAUGUGACAGCAGUUCGUGGGGCAGACAUGGAAGAUGUUGGAAAGCGUGUUCGGUCAUAUCUUGCGGCGAAGGGGAUCGAUAUUACCGUGCAAGUCGAAAGAGAAGGCGACCCAAGCUGCUGGUGCGGCUUGAACAGGACAAUGCCCGGCCAAGGGCCUGCAGGUGGACACAAGUCGAGCUACAGUGUGAUUUAGACAGUAUAGAUGCCAUAUGCGUAUCUGAUGUGGAUGGUGCUGUAGCCAGCCAUUUGUUUGCGCAAGAUAGAGGGAUAUUGCUGGGUCCGGGCAAGGAAGGAGGACCAUCUGAUGUAUGAAAAUAUUUCAUUUGUAGAAAAACAUGGCUCAUUAGGUUAGAUGUAUAAUGUCCAGGUUAUUUGACAGAAUUAGACCUUUUGCCGUUCAGAUUGUUCAUUGUAAAUGGAAAGGGAGGAGGUUUUGUUGGUGGAACUACCCGUGAAAAGUGGGCAACGCAGGGGUCAAAAGUCAAGCACUUGGUCUAAUUACUUAAACAGUCUGUCUGUGUCUGUCUGUCUUGUCAUCCCAUGGCUGCCGAGGUUUGUACCACAACAGAUUCUGUGCGAUCGAGUGCGGCGCUGUUCCGCUCAAAGGUGGGUGGGUAACCGUUGCACGUACGGUAGGCAAUUAAUUAGUCCGUUGUUUUUUUCAGUUGGUAAUGACACAUGGGAUGAUGAAAAUAAAUGGGUGCAUGUUCGGAUCUUUCAAAUUCUGCACUUGAAUACCUAGAUAGGUGUCAGGCUCAAAUUAGUACCUCCCUACCUACCUUAGUUGCUUAUGG